ACUUUUGAAAGAUUAAUUACCUGCCUUGGCGCAUAGUAAGAAGAAAAGUACAUAUUUGCAAAACGUUCAUUCUUAUCUGAAUAUGAUUUUGUGUGAACAGUAAUCUGCGGUCAUCUAAGAGAUUCAGUUAGAAAUUGCGAUAUUACGUGCGAGUAGCCCCCAAAUUCGACGGCAAAUUGUCUAGAAAUUUUAAUUAUCAAUUAAUGCAGUUAAAAUGAAAAUAAAUGACAAUUAAAAGUGUUAAGCUCCAAAUAUAAAUAUUUCUGAAAAUAUUUAGUGAAAAUCUGUAGGUGAAUAUGUAUUAUGCAGGAGCUGAAUUUGCUCUGAGUCUUAAAAGCUGUGUCAUUUUAUGGAUAUACUUUUAACUUACACAGUCUCUUUUUGACUUUGUUUCAAGCAUUUGAUUUAUUUUAUUUUAAAGAACUUUACGAAAAUGGUUCGGUAUACCUUUAACUGAUUUUCAUUACGAAUAUGAAUAUGAAUUCGAGUUUGAAUGUGAAUUUGAGUACCCAGUUGGGCACUAUGGAUGCUACUGCAGCCGCAUUGCCUGACAUAGAUGAUUACGGCUGCCCCAACCUGAAUUGCACUCCAAUGGAGUUCACACAAUUUAUACUCGGUCCACAGACUCUGCCACUACAUAAGGCGCUGCUGAUCAGCAUAAUAUUUAGUGGCAUAUUCAUAACCGGCGUCUUGGGCAACGUCUUGGUCUGCAUGGUUAUUAUUAGGCAUGCGGCUAUGCAUACGGCAACAAAUUAUUAUCUAUUCAGUUUGGCAGUCUCCGAUUUACUUUACUUACUCUUAGGAUUGCCAACGGAAGUAUUUCUCUACUGGCAUCAAUAUCCGUUUCUAUUCGGCUUACAGUUCUGCAAGCUGCGCGCAUUUGUUUCGGAAGCCUGCACCUACGUUUCGGUAUUCACAAUUGUUGCCUUCUCCAUGGAACGAUUUCUGGCCAUAUGCUAUCCGCUGCAUGUGUGUGCCAUGUCCGGCUUUCAGCGAGCACUGCGAAUCAUUACAGUGCUUUGGAUUGUUAGCUUCCUCACUGCAAUACCAUUCGGUGUUAAGACUGAAAUUCAAUACUUGAAUUAUCCAAUCGAUGGAUCUCGAAUACUGGAAUCUGCAUUUUGCUCCAUGGAAUCAGAGUUUCCUGAUAAAUAUCCUUUGUUUGAGGGUUCUUUUAUAAUAUUUUUCAUUAUACCCAUGAUACUCAUUUUCGUGUUGUAUGGUCGCAUGGGCGCUCAAAUACGCUCCAGAGCCGCUGACCAAUUGGGAGUUCAGCAGGGCUCACGGAAUCGAGAGUCUCGCAGCUCGCAGAAGAAAAAGCGAGCUGUUAUACGAAUGUUGGCCGCCGUUGUUAUCACAUUCUUUGUCUGUUGGUUUCCCUUUCAUCUGCAACGAUUAUGGUUCUUAUACGCCAAGAACUUUGCCUGCUUUCAAAAUGUCAACGAAUGGCUCUUCUCCAUCGCGGGCUUUGCCUACUACGUGUCAUGCACCAUCAAUCCAAUUGUGUAUAAUGUGAUGUCCAAGCGCUAUCGAAUUGCUUUCAAGGAAAUUCUAUGCGGCAAGAAAGCUGGAGCUUUCUAUAACAGCGGCUUUGCUCGAGAUCAAUCGAGCUUUAUGCGAGAUGAAACGAGUUUUCGGCGAAAUGGCAGCACUAACAAUAAUAAUCUGAGCAGCAGCAAUGUGCGCUAUAAUCGAGUACAUUCUAAUCGCGUAUCCGACUGCUCGCUGCUGAGCACUACAAAAAUAGUCAUAGUGCUUGGAAAUAGAAGAGAAGCAAAUCAUAAUAUACCUGAAGAAACUGACAUAAAAAAGGAGGAGCCAUAAGGCUGGUAUUCAUUCUAUAUAUAUUAUAUGAUAUUGAAUUAUCUAUGUAGUCCAACAUCUUAAACAUAUCAAUAAAUUUAUUUAAACUAGA